AUGCCUUUGCUAGCUAAUCCGUAUCCUCACGUGAUGAAUUCGUUGAAUGGACCGACUUCACCUCCUGUAUCAUACCUUGUCUUCUACUCUGAUGUGGUAGAUGGGCAAAUGUGGUGUCCUGACUGUAGGGCUGUCGAACAAAUUGUCAAAGACCUAUUUGACGCUUCUGAUAAACCAAAAGCUAUAAUAUAUUGGGUUGGUGAUAAGCCCGAAUGGAGAACACCUAAUAAUAAAGCUAGAGUUGACUGGAAUGUCCAGAGCGUACCUACUAUACUGAGGAUUGAAAACGGUAAGGAAAUCGCUAGAAUAGUAGAAGAUGAUAUUCUCGAUACGACAUCAAUGCAAGAUUUCAUGAAGUGA